AUGUCUCAUUGGGAAGAGCAGAUUUCAACUCUCAUACCACCUGCGUAUAUCAACAGGGAAUCACUUUAUGCUCUUGUCCUCGAUUAUGUGUCCUUGGAAGAUGCUACAUCAAUUAUCAAUUCAGUGGUAUUGCUGAUCCUGCUGAGCGCCCUGACCGACCCUGACCAGUACCACCUAACCAGUGCUGAAUUAGGAGGUGAAUUUGAAUUUAUGGAUGAUGCCAAUAUGUGCAUUGCCACAGCGAUUUCUCUUCUUAUGAUUCUGAUCUGUGCAAUGGCUACAUAUGGCGCAUAUAAGCAACAUGCAGCUUGGAUCAUCCCUUUCUUCUGUUACCAGAUCUUCGACUUUGCUCUCAACACGUUGGUUGCCAUCAGUGUACUUGUCUAUCCCAGCACAAUUCAGGACUACCUCCGCCAGCUGUUUUUCUUUUUUCCCUACAAGGAAGAGAUUAUGUCUGUGAACCCUACGUGUCUGGUUGUGAUUAUCCUCCUUUUCAUAAGUAUCAUUUUGGCUUUUAAGGGUUACUUGAUAAGCUGCGUGUGGAACUGUUACCGAUACAUUAAUGGCAGAAACAACUCGGAUGUGUUGGUGUACAUUACCACCAAUGACACUGCGGUCCUGUUGCCACCAUAUGAUGAUCCUGCGAAUGGAGCUGCUAAAGAUCCACCACCACCUUACGUGUCAGCAUAA